GGAUGGAACGACGAUGGAGUGCGCUCGCGGGGGCGGAGGACGGAACAGAGGAGCCACCCAUUCUCGGUCAAACGGACCGUUCGCGAUUCCAUCCCUCCUCCGAAACCGUCCCAGGUGUCGUCACGCCAGCAGCGGCUAAAAUGUCGACCGCAAAAUCUGCAAAUCCCAGCCGUUUCUUUCGCAUUCCUGCUUAGCUCGCGCGCCAUGAGGAUCGACGCAAAAGGGAAGAGAAAAAAUGCCCUCCUUCUGUUUCGUCCUGGUGGCCCUCCCUCUUUUGAUACUAUUUCCGCGGCUGCAAUCUCCAAUGCUCGUUGUUUCUGCGAAACCCGCGACCUCUGAUUGGAGAAAGCGAUCGUUUUGUUGAACCGGGGAAGGAAUUCGAGGAACCCCGUUUCUUGUUUCUUUCUGUUUUUUGCGCAACCGUGAGCUGAGCCUUGAUCUUGGAGCUGGAACGAAGGCGACGGCAUUUCGUGGGAUUUCCUGAAGUGGGUCUCUGGGGAUGAGGUGUUCGUGGGACGUUGUCUGAGAAAAGAACCGAUCUUGGGGAGGUGCAUUGUGGAAAUCUUGGCUUGGGUUUUUCUUGGUUUUCGAGAUGGAAUGAGGCAUAUGGUGGGUCGGGAUGGCUCCAGGUACUGAUGUUGCUCCUCCGGUGACCCGGUUGGGCCUUGAACACGAGCAAUGCAAGGGAAGUACGUCGUCCAUGGAAGAUGAGGACAAUGACACGUUGGAGAACUUGAACUCAAACAAGGUUGGGAAGCCUCCGAGGAACCUCUCUGUUAUACGCCAAUGUAACAGCUCUGCUUGGUUGUCUGAAUUGGACUCUGACCAUGGAAUUAUGGGUUUCAAGUCACCACCGAUUGAGAAAUCAGGGUUCUUACCUGUGUUUCGCUCAGGAAGCUGCUCGGAGAAAGGACCGAAACAGUUUAUGGAGGAUGAGUAUAUUUGCGUGGAUAAUCUUUAUGAACACUUUGAUUCAGCUGUGCAAGUCCCCUCCCCUGGGGCAUUUUAUGGGGUGUUUGACGGGCAUGGCGGUACUGAUGCAGCAUCUUUCACCAGAAAGAACAUACUUAAGUACAUAGUUCAGGACUCCAACUUUCCAACUGGCUUAAAAAAAUCUGUGAAGAGUGCUUUUGUGAAAGCUGAUGAUGCAUUUGCAGAAGCUGGCUCCUUAGAUAGUUCAUCAGGCACCACUGCUCUGACUGCCCUUAUAUUAGGCAGUAAUAUGCUAAUUGCCAAUGCCGGGGACUCCAGAGCUGUCUUGGGCAAACGAGGGAGAGCAAUUGAGCUGUCCAGGGAUCAUAAACCCAACUGUACCUCUGAAAGAUUGAGAAUCGAGAAACUGGGCGGUGUCAUAUACGAUGGCUACCUCAAUGGUCAACUAUCAGUCGCGCGAGCCCUCGGUGAUUGGCACAUCAAGGGCUCAAAGGGUUCAAAGAGCCCUCUGAGCUCCGAGCCAGAGUUGGAGGAGCUCGUCUUGACAGAAGAAGACGAGUUCCUGAUAAUUGGUUGCGAUGGGCUUUGGGAUGUGAUGAGCAGCCAAUGUGCAGUCACCAUGGUUAGGAGAGAGCUCAUGCAACACAACAAUCCUGAGAAAUGCUCAAGAGCACUCGUCAACGAGGCACUCCAACGCAACACGUGCGACAAUCUGACGGUAGUUGUGGUCUGUUUCUGGCCGGAUCCGCCCCCUAAGAUCGAAAUCCCGAAAUCACACAAGAGGAGGAGCAUAUCUGCCGAAGGGCUGGACGUUCUGAAGGGCGUGCUGAACGGUAUAUGAAGAACUGCCUCAUUGCUUGUGGAGGUGCAAUUUAGAAUCAAUUAGUGUUGCUGGGGGCAGGGGAUUUUUCCUAGUUACCGCCGUCCCGUCACCUUUCGAAAGCUAGAAAAAUAUGUGUUCGCAUUUCUUUGUAAAUUUGUGGGAUAGUUGUCGUUUUUCACUCACGUUUUACCAUCCGGGUUUGAAUUAAUCUAGUUCCUCUAAUGGGCGUGAACUCAAGUAGGAGCAGGUGAAUGGCCAAUUUCUGCAAGCUGCAGCU